CAGGCUCCCAUAACUUUAUUUCAGCCUGACCCGGAUACGCACCAUGUCUUGUGAAACACUUGUCCGGGUAAAGUUGAGUUAUGUGGAUACUGUGUUCCUGCACCCGACUAAAUUGUUGCAGACAUAAGACAAUCUCCAUGACAGAAGCAAGAUAGCCCAUAAAGCUGCCCUUGGAUGAAUGCAUUUAACAUGCCUUCAAAAUACCGCCUGUUGUUGUACUUAUUGGUCGUGUCGAGUGGACUCUUCUUGUACCAGUUUAGUAAAGCCUGGAUGAUGACAGGAGGGAACCAUGUUCAAAGAAUCUCUGAACAGAAGACGCCACCGAGAUAUGAAGAAGUUGUCUCCAAGGAACACAAACCUCCUUUCUUUUCAAUAAAAGAUAAGCAGCUCGUGUCUGCCACCUUCUUCACAGACAAAGUCAAGGAGUCUAAGACCAUAUAUCAACAGAAGGUAGCAACCUUGAAGAAGCACAAAUUAUGGUCUGAACUUGAUCCCAUCUCCAACUGUACAGGCCAUGAGAAAGGACCACAGCUAUGUGACGACACAAGAAAUUGUUCUACAUCUCUUCCUGCGGCUGACAGCAGCGAAAAUAUAAAAAGUAUUCUUGCGCCAUUGACAAACAUCAAGGAUGGGGCCCUGGAGAUGUUAAAAGACAUAUUUGAACCUCCAUCCGUUAAAGUAAAAUAUGUGUUCCUGACGGCGGCUUCAGCUAAUCACUUCACAGAGUCUCAAGCCACGAUAGAAACUCUUGACAAAAACAUUCUUCCCGGUUUGAAGAACUACCUUUUUUAUUAUUAUGACAUGGGGUUACACAAGAAUCAAGUUGAACUGCUGCAAAACUUCAGCAAGGCAGUGGUCAGAAAAUACCCUUUUGAUCGUUUGCCGGGCCGGUUUUCCUACCUACGAUGCUACACGUGGAAGCCUUUGAUACUACAGGCUCAUUUCGACUCGGCAGAGUAUGUCAUUUGGAUGGACUCAUCUGUUCGAUUCACGAAAAAUAACAAAAAAGCAAUGUUCCAAAAACUAAGAAUGACAGGAGUGCUUAUGUCACCUGCAAAUUUCCCUUUUGCUCAGCACACCUCGAUGCAUUUGUUUUCCUACUUCAAUAGUGACCCUUGUCACUACUCCAUGUACCAAGAAACUGAGGCAAACUUUAUACUUCUUCAUAAUCAACCGUUUGUGCGGAGACUUAUCAUGGACCCGUGGGUGGCCUGCGCGGUGGAUCCAAAUUGUAUGUGUCAUUACGGAUCCACACAACUCUUCAAGUGUCCUACGCAUACUCGACAAUAUGGGAAGUGUCAUCGCUAUGACCAGUCAACCAUUGGUCUGAUUGUUUUGAAAUUAUUCAGAAGAAAUAUAGCAACAAUUCUGGUCCCCAAAGGUGAAUACGCAAUCAUAUCAAGAUCAAAGGAAACUGGACCUCGGUACCUAGAAGAACUCUACAAUAACACAAGGACGAAAGUGUAGAUAAGGCCAUACGUUCACAAGAACAUUUCGUCAUAUCAAUCCUUGGAAGUGUCUCAGCCAAUUUCAUGGAAAAAAGGAAUGAAGUAUUGUGGUCGAUAAAUCCAAUAUGGGAUGGGUCAAUUCUAUUCAGUUCCAACGGGUGUGUAUGUACUUCUCAUGAAGUACAGUAAACUACGUUUAUAACAAACACGCUUAUAACGAACUGACGGAUACAACAAACUGGUCUUUUAGGUCCCGGCCAUUCGCUGUAUAUAUGUUGCAUAUGUGCAUAUAACGAACUACGGUUAUAACGAACUAAAAGGGACAAAAAGUAUUCACAAAUGUACUUCUGCCGUCUUAAAUAGUACAUAGUUGAUUGCUCAACUUUGCGGCAAUUCAGAGUAAUUGCAAUAACAGCUCCACAAUAAUAAGAGACUCGUGAUGAUCCGGGGUAGAAUAGGUCUUCAAAGAUCCAUGCUUGCCGUAACAGGCGGCUAUGCUUGUCGUAAGGGGCGACUAAUAUCAUCAAUAUUAUCAAGGGUUAAUACUCUCAACGAGUUUUUCAACUUUCUUGGAGAUAAAACACAUUUAUUUACACACCAAUAUAAUGGCUCCAGCUAUCUUAGUUACCAACAGAUAUUUGUCAGAUUGUCGGCCAUUUUUCAAGAUGGCCACCAAGGUCACCAAAGGUCAAGUCAAAGAUGGCACUAUAUCUAAAUUUAACCGUAUUGGUAUGAUGUAUAUUGAUUCCAAUUUUCAUGCUUUUACCACAAAUUGCACGAUUUUUUUUUAUAAUAUGUCAUAAUCCGCUGGUCUAUAACGGGAUGGGGUGGUCAGACUCACUGACUUGGUUGAUGCAUGUCAUCGUAACCCAGUUGAGUGGAUCGAUGCUACGGAUGUCAAUCACUGGAUUGUUUGUACAUAUUUAAUUAUUUACAGACCGCAGUUAUACACAGACAAAACAAACAAAACAUGACGUUAACCGCGUCCCGUCCACCUCUCCCGAACGAAAUAGAAUAAAGUGAGGUUCAUAAUGAGUGAGUUUUGUUCAUACCGUCACUCAGCAAUAGUCCAGGACCCACUUGCACAAAGCUAUCUUUGCGAUAAGACUAUUGUAAGCCUAUGUUAAAGUACGGGAGUUACGAUCAUCUUAGCGCUAAGAUCUCUUUGUGCAAGUGGGUCCAGCUAUCACUAAAGUACUCAUUGAAAUGGAAAAAACCCUGUUUUGCUGGAUUUAAUAAUCGACACAUAGCAUUACGUAGAUACAAAAUAAUAAAACAACUGGAAAAGUACUAGUCUGGAUUUGCUAGUUUUAUCUCAGUGCUCAAUACAAAA